GAUGAGAAUUGAGAAGGAAUGAGAUGAAAUGAAGGCGUCUCAUUGAAGCAGACAAAGCACUUCACUUCAUACCUUCCAUGUCUAUAUCUACCCAACCUUCUCUCUCUACAUUUUAUAUACACGCAGAGAUAAUUAAAUAUUGCAUUUAUUUCCAACAAGGCUACAAGUCUACAACUACAACUCUCUCUCUCUCUCUCAAACACAUUCCCCCCCCCCCUCUCUCUCUCUCUUGCUUCUUUGAACAUCCAAAUCGAAGCGAGAGAGGAAAAAGAUAAAGUAAUCGUUAAUGAUGCUCACGUCCCACCACCCAAAACCCUUCCUUCAAUCCAACUCUACUAAAUUUUCAAAACCCAUUUCCUCAAUCUUAUUGUUUCUCUAGUUCUCCCAAAAGUUCCUGCAUUUCUAGUGGUUUCUAGCUGCAUAAUUUCUUUUUUUUUAUGUUUUUUUCUUAUUUUUUGUUGAAUUUUUUCUCCCGAGCUCCUUUUCAUUUCCAGCCAUGACGGAAGUCCUCCACUCCCCAUCACACUUCCCUUCAUCUCCAAGCUCCCUGUCUUGCGUACCCACACCCAAUGAUGGCGCACGCCAGACCCAUCAGAUGCAGACCCAGUCUCAGUCCCUUAUUAACAGCAGCAGCAACAACGACCAUAGCUCUUCUCCUGUAGCCGAAGACGAAGGCGACGACGGUUCGGGUACCGACGAGGACGGGGAGCGGAAGGAAAGAGACAAGGAGGGAGAUCAGUUGUCUCUGUUGGCCCUUUUGGUAACUGCUUUUCGCAAGUCUUUGAUUGCUUGUAGGACUGAGAGGGAGGAGCUUUGCUCGAUGGAGAUCGGCUGGCCGACUAACGUUCGCCAUGUUGCACAUGUCACCUUCGAUCGGUUUAAUGGGUUCCUCGGGCUGCCGGUGGAGUUCGAACCUGAGGUUCCCAGGAGGCCUCCUAGUGCCAGUACAAGUGUCUUUGGGGUUUCAACAGAAUCCAUGCAGUUAUCAUAUGAUUCUAGAGGGAAUAGUGUACCAACAAUACUUCUGCUGAUGCAAAGACGCUUGUACUCUCAGGGGGGGUUGCAGGCAGAAGGGAUAUUCAGAAUUAAUGCAGAAAAUAGUCAAGAGGAGUAUGUCAGAGACCAAAUAAAUAGGGGAAUUGUGCCUGAUGGAAUUGAUGUUCACUGUCUCGCAGGUCUUAUUAAGGCUUGGUUUAGAGAACUGCCUAGUGGAGUGUUGGAUUCACUUUCACCAGAGCAGGUAAUGCAAUGCCAGUCAGAAGAAGAAUGUGCACAGCUUGUGAGGCUUCUACCCCCAACAGAAGCUGCUCUGCUGGAUUGGGCCAUCAACCUGAUGGCUGAUGUUGUCCAGCAGGAACAUAUAAACAAGAUGAAUGCACGCAAUGUUGCAAUGGUGUUUGCUCCAAACAUGACUCAAAUGGCAGAUCCUUUGACUGCACUGAUGUAUGCAGUGCAAGUGAUGAAUUUCCUUAAAACACUGAUAAUAAGGACUCUCAAAGAAAGAGAGGAUUCAGUGAUAGAAACAGAUGCCGAUUCACGCCAAGAGCCUUUUGAUGAGAAUGGUCACCACAACCCUUCUCAGACCUGCUUGGAGGAUGUGACCUCUGCUAAAGAAGAGACAGAGCAUAUGUUUGUUAGCAAGGAACCAGUUUCAGAAAGCCCCACUCAACUUGCUGAAGAUGCUUCCACUUUCGAUGAUGGAGCCCAGUGUUUUCAACCUUCUAUUGACAAAGCCAACCUUGAUGACAACAACUCUCCAGUUGAUGAUUACCCCUGUGAAGUUCCAACUCAAGUUGACACCUUAACAAAUGGACCAGAGACUGGUAUUGCUAAUGGUCACAAGUCAGGUGUUCAAGCAAACAACCGUAAGAACAAGACUGGUCAAUCUAGUAAUUCUAAUCUCAAGAAGGGAACCAGAAAAGUAAAUGGGCAUACUGUGGUUCAGGUGGCAGGACCUGUUGAGAAGUCAAAAGGAAUCAGUAUUGUUAGCCGUAUAAAUUCUAGGGCAGAGAGGGUUGAAGCCUGGCGCUGAUGGUGGCAAAGUCCAGUUGGAGGGAUGAUUAAUAUGAUCAUAAGUUGGCACUGAAUGUUCUAUUUGGAGCUUGAGAAAGAGAUUGCCAUGUAUGUUUCAUAUCUUUGUGGAGUUUCUUAACCUUUUCUGUUUCAUGUAUAACAUUUCCAUGUUAUCCCACACUAACAUCUUUUGGUUUCCCAAAACUACCUCCAUCCAGUAUCCACAUGAAAAGUCCAUAUCAGUGGUUUUGUGCUUUUACCUUAACAAUUUCUUAAUAUUUUAUUUAUUUCAACUGACUA